AGCUGUAACCCAUCAAGCUAGCAUACCUGUUACUACACAUGAGAGCGCCAGAGCUGCUCCGAUCUACAAUCUGCGUCCGUUCACUCGAAACUGCUCAAGACCAAAAAGGUUUCAGCCACAGUUAAGGACACGUCCUGUUUCUCAACAUUUCACCAAAGAAGUAAUUCUCCUGCCGGACCAUACAACUACAGGUGUGCCAAGAAGAGCAAGCAAAGCUUGGCUCUUUGAAAAUGGGCAUGUGAAAUCUGCUCUAGAAUUUGGCUGUGACUGGGACUCCAACAAAGUCAUGCAGUCAAUAAGAACAGCCUUUCAGCCAGUUGUGGAGGGUUGCAGGCUACAAAUCUUGCUCCCGUGCCACUUUAAACUUGUUGAGCCAUCUCUCAGCCCAACACAAACUUUAAAUGGAAAACUUGUGAAAAAACUUUUUCAUCAGAAGUCCAUUUUUGUCAGGCCUGAUAAAGUCAUUUUAAGUGAGGACAAAGAAACGCUACUUUCUGAUGAGGAGAGAAGCCAUACAAACAGCUGUGCAGACAUUCCCAGCACUGACCAAUGUGGGAUUGAGGGUGCACUGGACAUUUCCAAAGGUCUUGUGUCAACCAUUUCCACUGCUGAGGCCCAGCCUCUCUCCAAUAUUUCCUCCUUUGCUGAUGGUGAUGAGGUCAUCUGGUGUGUUGCAUCUUCCAACUCUAGUGACAAUCUUGCUAUGUCCACUAGUGCCACUGUUGCCACUAUCGAUGACAGUGUAUUGUUGUCCAGUGGAACAUCAGCCAUCUCCAGCGACAACACCCAUGGCUCCUUGCUUCAGCCCUCUGUCAGUGUUAGCGAGGACUCAGCUGAUUCUUCUGCUAAUAACGCCUCCAUUCAGUGCCGUGGUCCCACUUGUCCCAGUGGAUCGGGUAAUCGCUCAUCCAGCACACCCUACAGUACAUACCUUGACCUGUUUGAGGAAGAAUACCUCUCUGAUGAUCCAGAUCUCCAGGAAGCCAUUUCAAGGUCUUUAGAAUCCAGUACAAGUGAGAGUGAUUUAAAGAUGACUUUGGAGAGACUGAUGGAGCAGAUUGCUUCUCGAGUGAAUGAUGACAACACUGUACGCUUCAAUAUUAUGAGAAGGAAUGUGUGGGAUGGAGCAUCCAGAGCCAUGGGCAGAUCCAAUUUUUCACCAGAAAAGAGGAUCGAUGUCAAGUUUACUGAUGACUAUGGAACAUCUGAGGGUGCUGUGGACAAUGGAGGACCUACGCGGGAAUUCUUCCGACUCUGCCUACAUGAAAUAAAGGACAAAAUUGGCAUCUUUGAGGGUCUAUCCAAUGCCAAAGUUCUCACAUGCAAUUCAAAAGCAAUGAAAGAAAAUGGAUACUUCUAUGCUGGCCAGAUAAUGGCAAUGUCAAUUGCCCAUGGGGGACAGAGUCCAUGUUUUCUGUCUGAGGUCUUGUACGAAUGUCUGCCAAAGGGUCCAGAUGAUGUAAAGGUCAAAACUGAUGAUAUUGCUGACGAAGAAACAAGGUCGCAGGUACAGAGGAUCUUACAAGCUGAGACUGAAUCACAGCUCCAAGAUGCGGUUACACAGGCAGCGAAUCUCAUUAGUAUGGCUGGUCACAAUGUUCGCAUAACAUUGGAAAACAAACAAGAGACGGCUUUGGACUUGGCACACUGGUACGUCCUCCAACGGACCCGUGCACCUUUUGAAAGGUUCAGAGAUGGCUUAACAGCUCUAGGUGUCCUAGAGGCUGUCCAGAGAUACCCUCUACAGAUGAAGUGCCUUUUCGUCAGUGGUGAAAAGGCUUUAACAGCGACUGAUAUCGAGAGUCUCUUCCAGAUCAUUCACUCCGAAAGAGGAAGUAACGCAUUCCAGGAAGAGUGCCGGACCAUGACUUUUUGGCAAGACUAUCUUCAGGAUGCUGAAUUUGAAGAAGGUGUCUCUCUGGAAGAUAUUCUGGUUUUCUUCACCGGAUGUGACAGCAUUCCAGCUCUGGGCUUCUCUCCAAAGCCAAGCCUUGAGUUCAUUAACCAUUCCCGAUUUCCAGUGGCCAAUACAUGUGACAACAUUCUUCGCAUUCCAUUACAUGCAUCAUACACUGCUUUCAAACAUGACAUGGAUUUUGCCAUACGCAAUUCACCAGGAUUUGGAAGAGCAUAAGAGGUACUGUAAAGGUUUGUAGAGGUUGAGUUGUGAUGAAGAUAUUUGUGUUUUUUUUAUUUUUUUUAAUGCCCUGUUGAUACCUUUACAUAUUAAUGCUGCAUUUUGUGUAAUAGAGACUUAAAUGUCAUCAGCUGUAAAUUCAAGAUGGAUGAAGCCGCUGUGACAUCACGCUUUGUCACCAAAGCGAGUAAACCAGAUGUCUCAGACUGAGAAACUAAGAAGCAUGGCACACUCAUGCUUUAUCUCCUUCCUGAUUCUUAACUGGACCAUAAUGUCAUGGAUAUGAUGUAGAAUUUAAUAAGUCUCGAAAACUGUGAUUACUGUUUACUGUACAACCAAUAGAGAGAGAAUGCAGGUUGAAUUGAUACACAACCUUCCCUGUUUAGAUCUGGAAGCUUCAUCCAUCUUAAAUGUUCAGUAUGUCUAGAAAUGUGCAUCUCACCACUCAUAGUUCUUUGUUACAUUUUAAGGUUUUCAGGUGUUCAUAAUGUAAAAUUUUGAUUGUUGAGAUUCAUUUUGCAAAUCAAUGGAUAGGAGACAAUUUUUAUAAAAAAGAUAUUGUCCUCCUAAGGGUUAGAAAUGUGAAAAGAAAAUACACUGUUACAGUACCAGAUAUGCUUUUGGAUAAAUUAUCAUCUUUUUUUUUCUGAAAUUGUACAUGAACAAUUGUCCUGCAAUGUAAAAAGUGAAUUAUUUUCCCAACAAAGGCCUUGUCUCUAUAAGUUCAUCUGGAUUGCUCCAACAUGUCACUUAAACAUAGCAAUAAUAUUUGGAGAAAAGUUCUUGAUGUUGCAAAACAACUGUACACAUCCUAAUAAACAGGUUGUUUAAACAUAGUGGGUUGCUGCUGAAGGGAAGACUGAUUGUAGUGAAGCAGUGUUGCCCAACCCCGUUGUUUCUUGAUGAAUAGUUGUAUGGGUUUCUAACAAUUAAAGAAUGCCAUGUUCCUA